AUGUCCCUCCAAGGCCGCGUUACUCGCCACACCUUCCUCGACAACGGUGAGAUCCUCUCCAUUUCGGAACGCCAGAUGCACAUCCUGGAGCGCGCCGCGACCGCUAACAUGAACGUGAUGACCCCAGCGCUGGUGGCCAGCAUGGAGCUGCACUGUCGCGACUUCGUCAUCAAGGCGGCGAACAACGAGGACAUGGUGUACGGCAUGUAA